ACCUACCUAACCUAACCUCCUUUAAUCUUUACAUAAAAAUAUAUUAUAAAAAAAAAAAAAAAAAAAAAAAAAAAAAAAAAAAAAAAAAAAAAACUUGAGCAUUAAUGAUUAGUCAAAUUGUACCAAUUCAACUCUAAUUACCAAUUGAUCAUAUUAUCUACUCCACCUUUUUAAAAUUGUUUAAUAGUAAAUCAAAUCAAGUUGAUUAUACAGUGAAAUCAAGUUGGAUGGACUAUUAUAUACGAGAAAAAAAAAAAAAAAAUCACACAAAAUCCGAUUUUCCGAAUCUCAACUUUUGUCACUUUUUGCCACCCACAAGAAUAUAAAUAUCCUGCCUUUUUUUUUUCUUCCUCUUUCUGUUCUUCAACAAAACCAAACAACAGAAAUCCCCCAAAAAAACAUAAAUCCUCUUUUUUCUUUUUUGUUUUUCUUUAAAAAUCCCAACAUUUAAUGCAAAAUAUUCUGUCUUUUUAAAGGGUUUUGCAUGUUUCAAGCUUAUUAAUCAAAAAGUAAUCCAUUUCUUCUAAGAUUAACUACUAUAAUGGCUGAAAAAUUUGAAAUUCAUGUUUUAGCUGUUGAUGAUAGUUUUGUGGAUAGAAAGGUUAUUGAGAGACUCUUAAAGAUUUCAUCUUGCAAAGUGACUGUGGUGGAAAGUGGGAAAAGGGCAUUACAGUUGCUGGGAUUAGAUGAAGAGAAAAGCUCUGUUGAGUACACAGGAUUGAAGGUGCAUUUGAUUAUCACAGAUUAUUCCAUGCCUGAAGUUACUGGAUUUGAUUUGCUGAAAAAAAUCAAGCAGGAAUCAUCAACAUUCAAGGAAGUGCCUGUGGUGAUAAUGUCAUCUGAGAACAUCCUUACUCGAAUCGAUAGAUGCUUGGAGUUGGGAGCAAAGGAUUAUAUAGUAAAGCCUGUGAAACUUUCAGACGUGAAGCGCAUAAAAGAAUUAAUCAUGAGUACAGGUGACUUGGAUAAAGCUAAGGAAAUUGGUAUUUGUAACCCAAGUAGUCUACAGGUCAAAGGUCUGUCAUCACCAAAAUCAUUCCCAUCAGCUGCACCUUCACCUUGCGUUAUCAAUCCAUUACGUCUCAGCUUUUCGUGUUCUUCACCAAAGUGUGUUUGCAGAUCAAGGCAUCUCAGGUUUCGUAGCAGAAGCUUGGAGUAUCCUUCAGAGUUGUCGCUACACUGACCUGUUAUUCUCUGUGGUUUUCUUGUGCCUGAAAGAGAGAUUUUUGUGUGCAUAUGAUGAACUGUAAAUGAAGAGAGAACAAGAGAAAUUUGAGGGAGAAAAGCCGAAAGUCUAGCAAGAAAAAAAGGAUUUCUUUUUUCUCUGAACAAAACAGUAUAUUUUUUUCCUGACUCAAAAACAAUGUAUGUUGAAAUGGAUUUUACUCAAUAGCAAGUAAUUCUUGGCUAAGUACCUUUUGAAAAAAUUCAUGUGGAUUGAUUUUAUGCUUCCUAUUAUAACAUGCAAGAAAACUAGCUAAUGUAAAAUUUUCACAUAAUAUGGCGUAUGCCUUGUUCAAGCUGUGUUAGUCUUAAGGAAAGGGGGGACUUAUUUUCA